AUGAGGGACUUCGGCUUUGGGGUGCUGCACACCGCCCCUCUCCGAAGCAACAGCCCCGGGUCCCUGUUCAGCGGCGGAGCGUACUGUCCCUCCGCCGCGGGACCCGCCGCCCCGCUGCCCUCCGCCACGCCCUUCGGCCCGCUCUCGCCGCCGCCGUUGCCUGUCACCGGCUUCUCGGAGGCCGCCUCCCCCUUGUCGAUCCCCCUCGGCUGCGGCGGCGCGGACCGCUCGGCUGCCGUCGCCGCCGCCGCUUCCUCUUCCUCCCCGUUCCUGGCGCAUCAGCAGACCAUGCAGGAUGAGCUGCUGCUGGGGCUGACACAGCAGCCGGCGCGGCCGCUCUCGGGGGCGGCGGCCACGGAGAAACUCCCCAACCACCACCCCGGCGGCGGCACGAACGCGGGUGUGACCCACCUCCUCCCCUCCCAGGACUUCAAACCGAGUCUGCACCACCCCUCCUCCUCCUCCGCCUCCUGCUGCUGCUGCCGCCGCACCUCCUCCCCGCAGGACUUCAGUAAGCGGCAGCAGCAGCAGCUGAGCAGCCAGAAGAGGAAAGAGUUCAGCCCUCCCCAUCUUCCCCACCCUCCGGACUCGAAGCCGCUGCCGCAGCCGCUCCACUGCCCGGGCCGGUUCAGCCCGCCGCCGCCACCGCCGCCGCCGCCACCUCCCGGCCAGCUCCUCCACCCGGCGCCGCUCGCCCAGCGCCAGCAGCCGCUGCCGCCGCAGUUCAGCCUCCCGCACCCGCAGCACCUCCCGCCGCAGGACUUCGCCCCGCGGCAGCGCCCGGCCGACCUGACCCCGCUCCCGCAACUCCAGCCUUCGCCGCCCGCAGCCCCGCGGCGCCGCCACGGAGGCGCGGGCAGCCCUCGCCAGACCCCGGCCGCGGGCGAGGGCAGCGCCGCCGAGCCCCCUAAUGCGGGCUUGGCCCCCUCGACGCCGCCGGUGAACCCCGCGCCGGGCUCCAUGGAGUCCCCCAACCACCCUCUGCUCAACAGUCCCAGUAACCUCUUGCCCGGCGGGGCGCUCGGCGCGGGCGCCUUCAGCAGCCUGCAGAGCCCGGACCUUCCGCACCCGGGCGGUGGCGGCGGCGGCAGCAGCGGGGGCGGGGGGCCCCCCGGAGGCGGAGGGGGAGGCGGCUCCGCGUCGCCGCCGCCGCUGCCCGGCUUCGGCACCCCCUGGUCGGUGCAGACCGCGUCGCCGCCGCCCCAGUCCCAGCCGCCGCCGCCGCCCCAGCAGCCGCCGCCGCCGCCGCCGCCCCAGCAGCCGCCGCAGCCGCAGCCGCAGCCGCCGGGCUCGUCGGCCGCCACCCCGGGUGGCGGUGGCGGCGGCGGCGGCGGCUCGCUCAGCGCCAUGCCGCCGCCCAGCCCCGAUUCGGAGAACGGCUUCUAUCCCGGGCUGCCGUCGUCCAUGAACCCGGCCUUCUUCCCGAGCUUCUCGCCGGUGUCCCCGCACGGCUGCGCGGGGCUUAGCGUGCCGGCGAGCGGCGGCGGCGGCGGCGGCGGCUUCGGGGGCCCUUUCUCGGCGGCCGCCGUGCCCCCGCCGCCCGCCAUGAAUUUACCUCAGCAGCAGCCCCCGCCGCCCGCGGCGCCGCAGCAGCCGCAGAGCCGGAGGUCGCCAGUCAGCCCGCAGCUCCAGCAGCAGCACCAGGCGGCGGCCGCCGCCUUCCUGCAGCAGAGGAACUCCUACAACCACCACCAGCCUCUUCUGAAACAAUCUCCUUGGAGCAACCAUCAAAGCAGUGGCUGGGGCACUGGAAGUAUGUCCUGGGGAGCGAUGCAUGGCAGAGAUCAUCGUAGAACUGGAAACAUGGGAAUUCCAGGAACUAUGAAUCAGAUAUCUCCAUUGAAGAAACCGUUUUCUGGUAAUGUCAUAGCACCACCGAAAUUCACUCGCUCUACUCCAUCACUGACUCCAAAAUCUUGGAUUGAAGAUAAUGUGUUCAGAACUGACAACAAUAGUAAUACACUCUUACCCUUACAGGAUCGAAGUAGAAUGUAUGACAGUUUGAAUAUGCACUCUCUGGAAAAUUCCCUCAUUGAUAUUAUGAGAGCAGAGCAUGAUCCUCUUAAGGGUCGAUUGAGCUAUCCACAUCCAGGAACUGACAAUCUAUUGAUGUUAAAUGCGAGGAGUUAUGGGCGAAGACGAGGUCGUUCUUCCCUCUUUCCAAUAGAUGAUGGCUUGCUGGAUGAUGGGCAUAAUGAUCAAGUUGGUGUUUUAAAUUCACCCACAUGUUAUUCAGCUCAUCAGAAUGGAGAGCGAAUAGAACGUUUCUCUCGAAAAGUUUUUGUUGGUGGUCUUCCUCCAGACAUUGACGAAGAUGAAAUAACUGCUAGCUUCAGAAGAUUUGGACCUUUGGUCGUGGAUUGGCCUCAUAAAGCAGAAAGCAAGUCCUAUUUUCCACCAAAAGGCUAUGCAUUCCUUCUCUUUCAAGAAGAGAGCUCUGUUCAGGCACUGAUUGAUGCUUGUAUUGAAGAGGAUGGAAAACUCUAUCUGUGUGUUUCCAGCCCAACCAUCAAGGACAAACCUGUUCAGAUCCGUCCUUGGAAUUUGAGUGAUAGUGAUUUUGUGAUGGACGGUUCGCAGCCUUUGGAUCCUCGAAAAACAAUUUUUGUUGGAGGUGUUCCUAGGCCAUUACGGGCUGUGGAGCUUGCUAUGAUCAUGGACCGGCUGUAUGGUGGAGUGUGUUAUGCAGGGAUUGAUACAGAUCCAGAGCUGAAAUAUCCAAAAGGUGCUGGUCGAGUUGCUUUCUCCAAUCAGCAGAGCUACAUUGCUGCCAUCAGUGCUCGGUUCGUUCAGCUUCAGCACGGUGAUAUUGAUAAACGUGUGGAGGUGAAGCCAUAUGUGCUGGACGACCAGAUGUGUGAUGAGUGCCAGGGCGCACGCUGUGGCGGCAAGUUUGCUCCCUUUUUUUGUGCCAAUGUCACUUGCCUGCAGUAUUACUGUGAGUUUUGUUGGGCAAAUAUCCACUCCCGUGCAGGACGUGAGUUCCAUAAGCCAUUGGUAAAGGAAGGCGCUGAUCGCCCACGUCAGAUCCACUUCCGCUGGAACUAA